CACAAGUAUUUGUCUCAUCAGGAAAACAAAAUACAGAAGUACGGUAACCUAGAUCACUAUUGGCAGAGAUAUGUAUGUCUUCUAUAAAUAUCCACAAAGAAGUCAUCAAUUAUGCUAAUAAGUUCUGCAUGAUUAAUGAUGUCACUGAUCAUUGACUUAGAUUAAUUCAGUGGAAGUGAGACGUAAAAAUGAGUAGACAAGUUCCAAUGGGGGGUAAAGCCAGGGGCCUACCCCCUAAUGUAUCGCUGGCCAACACCAGUAAUCCAGAUCUUGCUAGUUUAUUUGAAUGUCCAGUUUGUUUUGAUUAUGCACUACCUCCUAUAAUGCAGUGUCAGAGUGGUCAUAUUGUUUGCCAGUCUUGUCGUCAAAAAUUACGUAUGUGUCCAACAUGUAGAGGAGAAUUAGGUAAUAUUAGAAAUCUAGCAAUGGAAAAGGUGGCCUCAACUGUGAUGUUUCCAUGUAAAUACUCUAAUAAUGGUUGUCAAAAUACAUUACUACACACAGAAAAAACAGAACACGAAGAAACUUGUGAAUUCAGACCAUAUUGUUGUCCAUGUCCUGGUGCCUCUUGUAAAUGGCAAGGUUCUUUAGAACAAGUGAUGCCACAUUUACUACAGUCUCAUAAAUCUAUUACAACAUUACAAGGAGAGGAUAUAGUAUUUUUAGCAACAGAUAUUAAUCUGCCAGGUGCAGUAGACUGGGUUAUGAUGCAGUCCUGUUUUGGUCACAAUUUUAUGCUAGUCUUAGAAAAACAAGAAAAAAUAGAUGGACUACAACUUUUUUAUGCUAUUGUUCAGUUGAUUGGAACGAGAAAGCAAGCAGAAAAUUUUGCUUAUAGGUUAGAAUUAAAUGGUCAUAGACGUCGACUGACAUGGGAGGCCACCCCAAGGAGCAUUCAUGAUGGAAUUCAGUCUGCAAUUUUAAGUAGUGAUUGUCUUGUUUUUGACACAAAUAUUGCCCAACUAUUUGCGGAUCAUGGAAACUUAGGCAUAAAUGUGACAAUAUCAGUUUGUGAAAGAUGAAUGUAUAAUUCAAAUUGAAAAAAACUAUCUCAAUUGUAAAUUAUUGAAUUGUAUUUAAUUAUUGAUCCUUGAUAUAUUAAGUCUGGUAAAAUCGUUAUCACCUCAUCCAUUCAUACGGAGCUCUUUACAUUAUCAAGAUUAUGUUCAUUGGCUUUUUAGAUUAUUUAAUUGAUUGUAUAAUAAAAUGGAAUUUAUUUAAUAUAAUGUGAAGAAAUUUCUGUAUAAAAUCACAUUUUGAUUUGAAGGAUUCCUACGAAUUGCUUUUGUUAUUUUGUAGGCCUGCUUAUUUUGAAUUUACAUUUAAAUAUGGUAAUUCAGUUUGAAAUAUUAUAAACAGAAUGCUUUAUUUUUGCAUCAAGAAGUGGAUAAAUGGGAGUUACUAAUUUUCUAAAAGUAUCCUUGCCAAAAAAAAGAAUGUAAAUAAAAAAAAAGAGUGUUAUUUAUCGGAUUACCAUGAUAAUGAGAUGUCUGUUUUAAUGGCAAUUUUAGCUACCGGUAUUGUCAUUUGUUUAUAUUUUAUUCAUUCUCUAAUAUUAGAAUAAUUUUAAAAAUGCAUAACCUAAAGUACAAAUCAUUUCAACAUUAAUAUAGUAAGUUCAGUACCUGGCUGUGAUCAUUGUGAUGUCAUAAGAGUAACUGUCAGUAUUUAUAAACAAAAUCAUAUGCUAUAAUAGCUACUCUCCAUAAACAUGUGGCUGUGGGAAUACACAAUAAGAAAUUCGUUCAUGCAGCUAUCUGUUUACAAACUGUGACAGAGCCACUAUGGGUCAGGGAGUAAGACCUUUGCUCGCUAACCUAGAAGUCGUUUGUUCGGUCCUAGUGUUGGCUGAGCAAGUUCAUCGUGAAUAAACAAGGUCCCAUGUUUUGAUUGGCGUGCACAUAAAAGAACCCUCGACAGUUGGAAUUCAAAAUAAAAGUAGGCCACAGUGCCGCUGUCUGUGCCAAUUUCCCCUCAUAUUACGAUUUCCUAAUUAAUUUUGAAAUAUUUGUAUUUCUGAUUAUGCUUUUUGGAAACUAAUUUGAUAUUAGUCAAUGAAUGAAACAUUAAUAAAUCGACUAGAGAAAAUGUUUGAGACUGUCAUUUCAGUACUACUUAAGAUCUGUAAUCAUCUUGAGUAUUAUAUUGUAUUGUUAAGAAUUUAUUUAUACAUAAGUUGCUAUUAAAACCAAUUUUAUAAUACAUAGUACUUAGGCUGACCUUAAAAAUAUCUUUGUUUCACCAAACCCGACCCACAAUCGAGGAGAAGGGUCGGUAGGUCGGGUUUUUUUCAGAUUUUUUUUUUUAAGAGCUAAUUUGACAGCUUGAUAAUUUUCCGGGUGCAAACAUUCGUCUUCUUUUAUUGGCAAACAAAUCAGUGACAUCGGGAUUUUUCUUGAUGCACGACUCGCACACAAAUUGCGACAAACUCACGUUUGAAACUCCCUCAACACGUUUUUAACGAUCGUGCGGGUUGUGCCUUUAUUUUUCUCGAAAACGGAUAUUGAAAAUAUCGUCGUCAUGUUUAAAACGACGCCCCACAGACAUAGAGGCAGAAUCAUUUCGUGGGAAUGGACGUGCUUUCGUCUGCAACCAUUUUGUUGAGAAGCGACACCUAUGACGCUUUCGUCUUGAUCAACCAGUUUCAAUAAUGAAUCAAACCAUAGCCAUAGUAAAGGGAAAUAACUCUCGUGAUAUAUUUCAGGUUGACACACAAAAUAAAAUAAAAUAAAAAGAUCGCGGAAAAGUGCAAUAAAAUAAUUUAAGUCGGGGGUGGUUUUAGUUAGUCGGUCGCGUUAGGCGAAACAAAGAUAUUUUUAAGGUCAGCCUUACAUAGUAAUUUCCUGGACAACAUUCAGUAUACUAUAAAAUGUUUUCUAGAUGAAACUAAAUGUUUGAAGUACAUAUCUUACUAUGUCUUACCUCUCUAUAUCAGAAACCAAUAGAUGAUUAAUUCUGUAUUCAUUACUGGUUAUGAUUACAUUUCUACAUAUAAUGUAAUGAAGUCAUUAUAAAAAUAUUAGUAACUAAUGACCUUGACCAUUAUACUUAAAAGGUGAAAAUACAAGUUGCAUAUUCAAUAAUUUGGCUGUGUGCAAACAACAGGAUAAAAAAUACAAGUUUAAGCAAACAUAGACUUACCCAUUGUCUCAUACAAAUGUGGGAUCUAACUAUAGUUUAUGCAUAGAUGACAUAUUUUAACUUUAAAGUCUCUGUGCAUCAUUACGUUUUUCAGAAAGUAUCAAAUUUUCAUAAGCUUAAUGUACACAAUUUAACAUUUAUUUAAGAGAACAUUAUCUUAUGUUUUGGACUUGGUCGGAUUAAAAGAGGUCCAUUAAAAGAUUUUUAGCAAAGAUUAAAGGUGGCACUGGCCUUCGACCACAUGUCUUUGAUCUGCAGUGGAAGAUUAAUGUGUAGGAAAUUUUCAAUUCAUCACAUCUUUGCAAAUACUGAAGGGAAUUAAACUAUUUUUUGACUGAUAUUCCUUUUGGAGAUUAAACUUUCACAGUGUAGUUUGCAAGGUAUUCCUCAAUGACUCGAAUGACAUUCAGAGACUUUAAAGGUUGAAAAAAUAUCUAAAUCCUACAAUAGCAAUUUGGUUAAAAAAUCAAACUUUAUGCUUACAAGGUGUUACUUUAGAUUCUCAUAUUUACGAGCAGAAAUGGAUACAGCAUUAACAUUGGAAUGUUAUAACAUUUGAUAAUGCUAAUAUUGAAAUCUAGUCGAAUUUCUCUACCUGGACUUCAAAACAUUCUCAACCAUGAUUAUUCUAUGAAUAUCAUAAAUGGAAUAUUGAAAACUUUUGAAUUAAUUCAUUGUAAUUGUGUUUAAUUUGAAUUAAUAUCUGACAUGGUGUUACUUAUGUCAUUUGUAUAUAAAACUGUAAAUAUAUGUGUACUAUAGUAAUAAUUAAAAGAUAUAUAAUUUGUACAUUAUUAUAUUACUGGCAUUACAAAAAUUAUUUAUUAUUGCACUUAAGUUAACCUCCCUAUUCAGAGAAACCAUCAUUCCUUUCCACCUGAGUGAGGGCUUUUCUAUUUGCUAACUUUAAAUUAAAGUUGAUAAAUACAGCUCUUCAGGGCUUAAGCAAGAGACACACUAGCCGGAUCAUUCGGCUGAAUCACUCGCUGCCGAAUUGCAGCCAAAUGCAUUCGGCCUAUUGAGUGGACACACUUGGCAAAUUCUUUGCCUGAUUCACUAGUCAAUUGCAUCACCAUUGACUUGGCGAAUUCUUUACCCGAUUCAUUAGUCGAUUGCAUCCCCAUUCACAUAAUAAGUCACAUGAUUAAACAUGACAGCGACCAAGAAAAAGACAAAAAUAGCUGCAGCGGUGGGAAUUUUGAAUUUUAUGCCAUAUUCAUCGGUGUAGAAAGAGGUGGGAGAAUGGGUGGUGACUGAGCAAAAACCUGGAUUCUUGGAAUUUCAUGUUUCAGUGAUAGUCGCCAUUUUGAUUCGAGCGGAUCAUUUGGCAUCGGGACACACUAGGUGAAUAUCGUCGGCGACUGAUUCAGCUGAGUAAUUCUGCUAGUGUUUCCACUGCUUAAUGAACUCAAAGGUCAUUUCUGAAUAUAGUGAAUUAACUGUUGACCACAAAGUACUUUUAUCAAAAAACAUUUUGUUCAAAAUGAUAUUCAAAUGGAUCAGUUCUAACUAAUGUUAUGGCUCCAGUGCCAUCUUUAUAUAUUCAAGAUAAAUAUAGUUUUAAUAAUUCUAUCUUUUUCAUGCAAGCCAGCCUGUUCUUAAUAAAGGAGUUCUUAUACUGGAUUUGCUUAAUUUCAUAAUAACUGUCUUUACAGUAAAAUAGUACAUAUUUUUGACAUUUGAGAUAUAAUAUGUUAAAGAUCUGGCUUGUUGUGCCUUUUAUGAAUGUUCCAUGAUUGAGGAGCCUUUUGAUAUGGGAGUUAUUUUCCAUCUCCAUAAGUCAAUUGAGGUUGUAUACUGUUGUCAUCUAAUCCAUUACUCAGUUCGUCCGUAAAUUCUUCUAAUUGCAUGUUUUAUGGACCACAAUUUACAAACUAAUUUUGCUACGAUUGUUUGGUCAUAAAUCAGAAAUACUAUUGAAAUUUGAGGUCAUGAGAUAAUUGCAAAAUUACGAAAAGUCUGCUGUUGUGGAUGGAAAUUUUACAUUCUAUAUAUUCCUUUUUGAAUAGUCCUUUCAAUAGCUCUAUAAUAAAUAAGAACUAUUCUGAUGCACAACUGAUUUUUAUUGUGUAUUUAUUUGGUGUGCUAACUACUUCUAUCUUUUAUUUUAAGUGACCGACAUAACAAAUAUGCUUUUCUAUGUUACGAACAUAAUUUGGUGAGGCCCCUUCUUCCACACCCCUCAUCCACCCCCCACAGAUGUUUUUACCCUAUGUCAAGGGUUAACUGGUUAGCAUCCUCAUUAAUUUUCAUCACAGGUAACUUAAAAAAGUUUUCCAUCAGAGAUUGUCCUAUUUGAGGUCAUUGGACCUAAACCUAAUGCUAAUUAGAGCAUAGAGAUUCAGAAAAGAGAAAGUGUGGUAGAGGUUAUGAAAUAUGGUUAUAUUUUACAUAAAGAAAGGAUGACUGACAACUGUGACUAAUGAUAUAUCUUUGGCCAGUAACAUAUAUCAGAUGGCCAAGAAUAAAAACAAGUACACUAUAUAAAGUGGAAUAAUUCAAAAAGUAUUGUACAUAUAUCAUUAACAUUUGAUGUGACUUCUCAGUUCAGCAAAACAUAAUUUGACAUUUUUUCUUAAAACUUGUGCUAUGGUAACACUAUUUUAGGACUGGACCUGCAAGUUGGAAUGAAGUUGUCAAACAUUCAUAUUGUACCACAAUACUGUUUUAAUUAUUCCACUUUAAAUAAUGUACUCGUUUUUAUGCACCCUCGUAUAUUGUCCUCGUCAGCCCCGUCCGUCCACAAUUGCUUGUGGACGCUCUAGAGGCUAAAAUUAAUAUCUGAUUGACUUUAAAUUUAUACCCAGUGUUUACGGUCAUGAGACGAAGAAGACUAUUGAUUUUCAACGAUUUCCGAUAAUUACUACUAGAGUUAUGGUCCUUGAUCACUUUGAAAUAUCUUGUGGACGCUCAAGAGGCUAAAGUUAAUAUCCGAUCGACUUUAAAUUUAUACACAGUGUUUAAGGUCGUGAGACGACAAAGCCCAGUGAUUUUCAAUGAUUUCCGAUAAUUACUAACAGAGUUAUGGCCCUUGAUCACUUUGAAAAAUCUUGUGGAUGCUCCAGAGACCAAAGUUAUCAUCCGAUUGACUUUAGAUUGAUAAACAGAGUAUAAGGUCUUGAGACAAACAAGUAUAUUGAUUUUCAAUGAAUUUUGAUAAUUUGAACAGCUAAAUUCAUGAUAUUAAAUGUUACGUAUACUAAACGUUAGCAUGGGGCAGAACUAAAAGCCAAACAAAUUCUAAUGAUUUUCUGAUAAUUACUUAAUAAGUUGUUACUCUUAAUUAGAUUUUAGUGUAUUAUAAAUGUUUCAUUACCGACAAUAGAAAAAAUAUGCGACAACUCUUAUUGACUGCUCGGACGACUUAGCUGCUGUGGGCAUAUGUGUCGUGGCUGGCAACCUAUCUUUUUCUGGGCCACCCGAUACCCUAGUAGUUACGACACAAAACGUAUUUAUACAACAGUGGUGGGUGUAGCUAUAUUAAAGGAAACACUGUGAGGAGUAAGAGUAGGCCUAUACACUUUCUAUCAUGAAAUUCUCUGUCGUGUAAAGAGCCAAAUUUCUUUGGCUCAAUACAUUUCUUGAUGGUCCUUAAGUUCAAGCAAAUUUAAAACACAUUUAUAUGACACAACUCUAUCAAAUAGGAACUUUCCUUGCUUUUUCAGGUGCAAAGUUGUAUAUUUCACUUUCUUACCUGCAAAAAAUAUCACCAUUAUGAAAGGAAUUUGGACAAAAGAAAAAUGAAAAUAGGUGUGACCAAUACAUAUUAGAACAGUCAGGGUUUUGUUUGGAUUGGAAAUAAAUUACAGAAAUUAACUAUCAUAAUCUUGAGCCAUAAAUUUUAAAUGUGAAAAUCCCUGUAGGUAGUAAAGAAUCUUGCUCUUACAAUGUUACUGGAGUGCCCUUAUGGGAAUUCUGAUAAAAUAAUGUUAGGUAAUAAACCCUGUGUUUUGUAUUUAUCAUUCUUUGUGCUAACCGGUUCAAUUGUUUUCAAAUUUUAUUCGGAAAAUAUAGAUCAUUAUUUGUAAAACAGCAUUUUGGUUAAUUUUAUCCAUAAUUAUAUUGUAAGUUUAGAGUAGGCAAUCAUAUACAUGUAUUAUGUGGUUUAUUUUAUUUUUUUAUUAUUUGGGUAUGAAAGUUCAAAAUUGUUUGGCAGAGUGUUUUUUGAAUGUAGACAUUUGUUGUCUAAAGUAUGAAUAGACCUAUACAUAAACAUAUAUACAGUCCUGUAACACUGAUUGUUUCAUAUUUCCAGUGUAGAUAUUGAUUCUAAUAAAUAAUUUUUGUUAAACAUU